GUGGACAUGAGAAGAGCCUUUGCCACAAAUUUAUGAUAUUGCCACUCAUAUCCCCACAAGCUUCCUCUUUAAGCACGCUUCCCACUGAUGACCUAAAAACCUUUCUCCACCUUUACGUCAACCUCCCUCCCCACCUCGACGGCUAUGAUUCUCCGAAUUUCCCUUUCCAUUGGUUUUUGUGGCUUCGUCCUCGUCGACCAUGGGGGAUACAGUUUGAUCUGUUGAAGUUUCAAAGCCACCUUUCUUAGUGCUCUUCAUCUGUCUUGGUAACAUUUGUCGGAGCCCACGGCAGAAGCAGUGUUCAUGAACAUUGUACGGAAAAGAGGAUUUGAGUCUAAAUUCAAGAUCGACACCGCGGGCACUAUUGGCUACCAUGAGGGUAAUCCAGCGGACUCGCGCAUGUGGGCGGUGGCUAAUAAGCGUGGAAUCGAGGUUACUUCAAUAUUAGCUAGAUACUAGCGGGAAGGCGAAGCUUCUGUGUUCAGCAAAUUAGAAUCCGCUGGCCGAAAUAGUGGACAUGAGAAGCGCCCUCGCCACAAAUUUACGAUAUUGCCACUCAGCCGUCCCCGCAAGCUUCCUCUUUAAGCACGCUGCCCACCGGCGACCUAAAAAGCUUUCUCCACCUUUACGUCAACCUCCCUCCCCACCUCGCAUGCUACGAUUCUCCCAAUUUCCCUUUCCAUUGGUUGUUGUGGCUUCGUCUUCGUCGACCAUGGGGGAUACAGUUCGAUCUGCUGAAGUUUCGAAGCCGCCUUUCUCAGUGCUCUUCGUCUGUCUUGGUAACAUUUGUCGGAGCCCCGCGGCGGAAGCGGUGUUCACGAACAUUGUACGGAAAAGAGGAUUUGAGUCUAAAUUCAAGAUCGACUCCGCGGGCACGAUUGGCUACCAUGAGGGUAAUCCAGCGGACUUGCGUAUGUGGGCGGCGGCUAAUAAGCGUGGAAUCGAGAUUACUUCAAUCUCCCGGCCAGUACGGCCUUCUGAUUUCAGGGACUUUGAUCUCAUCCUUGCAAUGGACAUGCAGAAUAGAGAUGAUCUACUAAGUGCAUUUGAGAGAUGGAGCCACAAAGAGAAGCUCCCUAAAGAUGCCUAUAAGAAGGUCAAACUCAUGUGCUCUUACUGUAAAAAACAUUCAGAAACUGAAGUCCCAGAUCCCUACUAUGGAGGCCCACAAGGAUUUGAAAAGGUUUUGGAUCUAUUGGAAGAUGGAUGUGAGGUUUUAAUUGACAACAUUCUUUCUGAGAACUGUCAAGAACUCCCUAUAGAUGGAGGAACCUUUUCUUCUUGAAAAUCAGACGCCCCAGUGGAAUUCUAGGUGAGAUUGCUUCGGAAGUUUGUAGGCAUUUUUUAUUAAUCCAUGUACAGAGAAAAACAAUCAUAUGCAAAACUUUGAUCAUUGAAACUUAUUUUUGUUUGGGAAGUUUGGACUAUUAAAUAUAUACAGUAUGACUACAAUGAACUUAAUGUUUUUGCUAAUACUAGCAUGUUAUGUUGGUUAAUA